GUCCAGACAUCAAGACUCAUGUUGCUGAGGUUUCUGGCAAGCUGGUCCUCACCUGUAACAUGUCUGCACCAUACCCUGCCAUCGGGGGACACGAGUGGAUCCACAAGGACAAGGCAGUGCAGAAGGACACGGAGACAAGUGCUUUCACCAGCUACACGAUCGAGGGGAAGAUGGAGGAGCACUCUGGCAUCUACGAGUGUGUCUACGAAACAAACCCUGUGAUAAAAGGACAAGUGAAUAUUUCUGUUGCCCCUCAGGUGACAGCAUACAAGAAGUCUGAGCAUGGGAAUGAGGGGGACACAGGUGUGCUGAUCUGCAAGAAUCCUUCCUUCCCCCCUGUCAGCUCUUGGACCUGGUACAAAAAUGGUCAGGAGGUAAGUGCUGUGCCCAUCAUCAACGCCUCUGGGCGAUACAUCAUCAAGUCCAACGGCAGCAAGACAGAGCUGCGGAUCCUCAAACUGAACAUCCAGGAGGACACGGGUGACUACCACUGCAAUGCCACCAACUCGUACGGCUCCGGGGACGCCACGGUGAACCUGCGCGUGCGCAGCCGCCUCGCGGCUCUCUGGCCCUUCCUGGGCAUUGUGGCAGAAGUGCUCGUGCUGGUCACCAUCAUCUUCAUCUAUGAGAAGAGGAGGAAGCCAGAUGAGGUUCUUGAUGAUGACGAUGGAGGCUCUGCACCACUGAAGAGCAAUGCCACAAACCACAAGGACAAGAACGUUCGCCAGCGAAACGCAAACUGAGAGCAGGGCCAGGUGAUGUGUAGAUGAAGAACUCGUCUGGACAAUUUUAUUUUCUUUUAAUUUUGGUAAAAUAGCACCAUGGAAUAUUCUAGUGCGUCCUUGCAAUUCAGUUACUUCACUUUCUAAAGAAACUUAAGUUGUAGAAUCUAAAAUACAUUUUUUUAAAAGAGUUGUGGGAGGGUUUUUCUACCUGUAAAUGUAAAUCCCUUGUCCCUGGUAGUCUAGGUCACUGGCUGUCUCUGUGCUAGGUUUCUUGGGAUUGGUACAGAGUGAGGGGGUGGGAGUGCAGCU